AUAACUCUAAAUGCACAGUUACCGUAACACCAGAAAAAAGUUUUCAAUAACCAAGACUAGGAUUCUCAAUACAUUCUAGAAUCUAGAUCUAGAAUCUAUUCUGUUCUGUGUAGUUGUAGGGUCUGUGUUGGCCUGCAAUACACUCUACACUGUAGAGUCUACAGUAGUCUACAGUCUUACAUCUUACACUGAGUACAGCUGAGUGACAGUGAGGUGAAGUGAACUGUGAAGAGAGAGAAUGGCAGAGUCAAAUCAAUCAUCUCCCAAUUUAUCUCAACAAAAUCAAACUCCAAGUACUGUAACAGAAACAGUUCAAGAAGAAGAAGAAGCCACACCGAGUCCCCCAGUACUUCAACUUCGAUUACAAGCAAAAAAUGGACACAAAGUGAAAUGGGCUACAGAUACAGUGGACAACGAAUUUAUGGGGAAGAAGAAAUCUAAAUGUUGUUGCAUAUAUGAAAAGCCCAAAGUGUUUGGAGAGUCAGAUACAUCGUCUGAUGAAGAUGACAAUGAAGGGUGCACCCCACAUUGCAGGGGCCAUAAGAAGAAGUGCUACAGGCACCACAAGCCCCAUAGCUCAGACACUGGGAAAGAUGAACACAAUGACCAGGAUAGUCUCCAUAAAGAUGGUGAAAAUUAACAAAUGUUGAUAGUUUUGGUCCAAGCCCAGGGCCUAGUAGGUCUGAUGAUGCAAGUCCCACUUGAUGUGUUAUGUGCUUGCUUUUGCCCUGACAGCAGUUCAUCUACAAUUGUGAUAAACAAUUUCUACCGACCAUUAGACUGAAAUGAUUUGACGUUUUUAAAUGGCUCCUGUAAUUAUGUGUAGCACUUGGUAAAUUUGUCAGAAUCCUAUAUUAGCUGAACUAGCCCUAUGUUUUUCUAAGUCAUGCAACUACUUUGUUACUUCCAUAAUAGAAUUAUUGUUUGAUACAUACUAUAUAAGUGAUAGUAUAUAUUUCUUUGUUACAAUUUGAAAAAAAAACAUGACAUUACUUUAUCGAAUGUUGCUACCAAAAAAAAGAGAUAAGAAUGUUUAAAUUUUGCUCCAUUUUUUACUUGAAAUAUAAGAAAUGUUUUGCUAGAAUUUAGUAGGUAACUAGUUGGCCAACAGUAGAAGAUUACUGGCUGAGACACUGAAAACAUCAGCUUGUUGUAACCUCUCCUAAUGUUUUUGCUUACCAAUGCACAGUGACUUUGUAAAUAUAUUGUGAUUGUAUAGACUAUUCAUCUCUAUAUAAAAUCUAGACAAAAAUUGUUAGAUGUUCAUGUCUUUUAAUGUGUACAUGUGUAUCCUAUACUACUAGUAUAUACAACAUACAGAAUGAAGACAUCCAUAUGUAUGAUAAAGUUAGUUGAGUGUCUUAAUAAAAGAUUUUACAUACCACAUUUACAUGACAAGGGGAGUCAACAAGCUCAAACAAAAAUCAAUAAAACAAAAAGUUUAUUCAACUCAGAGGCAGAAACGAUUAAUGCUGCAAAAGAUGUUGAAAAAGUCUAAGGCACAUUAAAAUGCAACAAGUGAAUUAAAAAGACCAGAUAGUUAUUCCAAAAAAAGUAUUUACAAACAUUAAAUAUUUUUGUUUGGUAUGAAUGUAUGCGUUUUUUAACUUGCUAAUUGUGCCAGCCUCAUCAUUCUAAUAAAACAAUAAUGAAUAAAAGA